UAGCAACAGCCGGGUUAAUGUGGAGCUGGCUUCCCACCUUAAAUCUCUCAUCUAAAUACAUAUUACACCGCUACACCUGCUUUGUACACGACUAAAACCUGAGCCAACAUGCCUCCGAAGAAACCCGCCCCGGCCGCGGGAAAUAAAAAAACUCAAGAGAAGAAAAAGGAAAAGAUAAUUGAGGACAAGACAUUUGGCUUGAAAAACAAGAAGGGAGCCAAGCAACAGAAGUUCAUCAAGAACGUCACUCAUCAGGUCAAAUAUGGACAACAAAGUGCCAAACAGACGGAUGCAGAUAAGACCAACAAGAAGGGUGAUAAAAAGAAAGAGUUGGAUGAACUCAACGAGCUCUUCAAGCCUGUAGUCGCUGCCCAGAAAGUCAGUAAAGGUGUCGACCCGAAGUCAGUGCUGUGUGCGUUCUUUAAGCAGGGUCAGUGUACUAAAGGAGACAAGUGCAAGUUCAGCCAUGACUUGUCUAUGGAGCGUAAAUGUGAGAAGAGGAGCGUCUACGUGGACGAAAGAGACGAAGAACUGGAGAAAGACACCAUGGAGAACUGGGACGAGAAGAAGCUGGAGGAAGUGGUCAACAAAAAACACGGAGAGGCCGAGAAGAAGAAAGCCAAAACACAGAUUGUGUGUAAACACUUCCUGGAUGCCAUAGAGAAUAAUAAAUACGGCUGGUUCUGGGUGUGUCCAGGAGGGGCCGACGUCUGCAUGUACCGGCACGCCCUGCCGCCCGGCUUCGUGCUGAAGAAAGACAAGAAGAAGGAGGAGAAAGAGGAGGAGAUCUCGUUGGAGGAACUGAUAGAGAACGAGCGUGCAGCUCUGGGUAUCAACGUGACUCGGAUCACCCUGGAGACUUUCCUGGCUUGGAAGAAGAGGAAAAGGCAGGAGAAGGUGGAUAAAGCGAGAGAGGAGAUGGAGAAGAAGAAGGCCGACUUUAAGGCUGGAAAAUCGCUAGUGGUGAGCGGUCGCGAGGUGUUUGAGUUCCGUCCAGAGCUCGUUGACGAUGACGACGACGAGGCCGACGACACUGGAUACGCCAAUAAAGAAGACAAUGAAGAGUAUGAGGAAGAGAUUGACACUACAAAUAUCCAGGACAUAGACUUAUCCCGCUUCGUUCCACAAGAGGUCGACAACUCAGGCAUUACCGUAGCGUCCACGGACCGUUUCACUUCCAGGAGUAAGACUCAUCCAGCGGAAGAAGACAAUGAGGACCAGCUGAACGGAGCGUGCGGCGGCGCCGAGGCCAACGGGCUGUCGGGAGCCGAGGGAGGCGGAGAGGACGGAGGAGGGGAAGAAGACGAGGAAGAAGAUGUGCCGGUGGACGAAAACCUGUUCACGGGAGAAGAUCUAGAGGAACUCGACGAGGAGCUCAACACAAUGGCGCUGGAAGACUGAGAAGGAAGGAGGGAGGAGGGAGGAGGGAGGAAGAGGAGGAAGAGGAGGAGGAGGAAGGAGGGAGCUGGAGAUGGACUAAAGUGACUUAAGGGUGGACUGAUGGGUGCAUGGAGCUAAACAACAAAGAGACCCGAUGUUUGAAUGAUUUUAAAAAGAAAUUCAGAGACUCCAGUAAUAAAGCCUGACUAUAUCAUGACA